UGAACUUCUCCUUUAAACCUUCUCCCCCUUUUUAAGGCUGGCUUAACAGAUCCCGUCAUGUUAAACCAGUCCUUAUUGUUAAGUAUUCUACCUCCAAAUGUCCAAUGAACAACGUCUGACUUCAUCAGAUGCGCCUGACUGUUGUGAGUACAACAUAAAGCUCAGCUGACUCCUCGACACACACUUGAUAAGAAGUGAGUGUCUGGUGUGAGAUCCGGUCUACACCGAUGAAGGAAGAUGAUCUGCUGCACUUUCAGAAAACGGGACUCUGAGUGAGGGGCCACAUAUCCAGACGCGGAGCAGUCAGCGGACACCCCCGUGUUCUACUGCACACAACAGCGAUGAGGACGGCGCCGCCACUGCUCAUGUUCCUGACUGUUUUAAUCUCCUGUGAAUGGAAGAGCACCUCGGGUUUCGUCUGCCCGCGGAUCUGCCGCUGUUUUGCCAACACUAUCAGGUGCAACAAUGUGACACAAGGAUCAGCGCAGACGAUGGAGCACAGAGAUAAAAGGCUGUUUCUCUAUCACUUGCCUCUGCGCACGAUUUCAAGCCAUUCUUUUGAGGGGUUGAAAGGAGUCCAGAGGAUUGACAUCGCUCAGAGCGUCACCCUGGAAACCAUCGAGACGUUAGCGUUCAAUAACCUUCUCAACCUCUCAGAAAUCUCGAUCCAGAACACAAGGAGUCUGAUGCGCAUUGGCAGAGGGACGUUCAACAACCUUCCCAAGCUGCGUUACCUGAGCAUCUCGAACACUGGGAUAACAGUCUUUCCUGAUAUUACGUCCAUUUAUUCUCUUGAACCCGAAUUUAUAUUGGAUAUCUAUGACAACCUGUAUCUACUGGAGAUUCCUCCGAACGCUUUCAUCGGACUGACAAAAGAGUACAUCACAAUGAACCUGUACAACAACGGCAUCAGAGAGAUACAUGACCACACCUUCAACGGGACAAAGAUAGAUAAGCUGGUUUUAAAGAAUAAUCGAAACCUCAGGAGGAUCCACAGAGACGCGUUCAAAGGAGCCACAGGCCCAGAGGUCUUGGACGUGUCUGCGACAGCUCUCAAGAAGUUACCAGCGCAGGGACUGGAGUCAGUCCUGGUGCUGUUCGCUCAGUCGGCAUACGCCUUGAAGAGUCUGCCUCCUCUGCAGGGGCUGUGGAGCCUUCGAGAGGCCCACCUCACCUACAACAGCCACUGUUGUGCGCUGCUGAGCUGGAGCACCCACAGGGACUUUACCAUUAAUCCUGCAUGGAAUAAUGGCUCUACAUCCUGUGAUGAGAGUGACUCCACAGCAAGGGUUCAGCGUGUGAUUGGAGGCUCAGCAGAAGGGACUCUACCCAAGGAUUUGAAUCUUUUUUCAGAUGCUGAUCUGUUUGUGGACGAUGAGAGCUUUGGGGACGUGAAUUUCCACUAUCCAGAACUGGACUUCUGUCAGACACGGCCUACUUUGCUUUGCACGCCUGAAGCAGACGCCUUCAAUCCAUGCGAGGACAUCGCAGGUUUCAGUUUCCUCAGAGUGGCCAUUUGGUUCAUCAACAUCCUGGCCAUCAUGGGGAACCUGACAGUCCUCCUGGUCUCCUUCACCAGCCGCAACAAGCUGACGGUGCCCCGCUUCUUCAUGUGCCACCUGGCUUUUGCAGACCUCUGCAUUGGGAUCUACCUCCUGAUGAUCGCCACGGUAGACUUGCGAACGCACGGCCACUACAGUCAGCAUGCUAUUGAGUGGCAGACAGGGCCCGGCUGCAGCGCUGCCGGCUUCCUGUCUGUGUUUGGCGGGGAGCUGUCAGUCUACACGCUCUCCGCCAUCACUCUGGAGCGCUGGCACACCAUCACCAACGCUCUGCAGGUAGAGCGCCACCUGUUACUCACACAGGCAGCAAGCAUAAUGGCGGCCGGUUGGCUGAUAUGCCUGGGGAUGGGGAUGCUGCCUCUGGUUGGCGUGAGCAGUUACUCCAAAGUCAGCAUGUGCCUUCCCAUGGACAUAGAGACUCCUCUGGCUCAGACCUUCAUCAUCAUUAUCCUGCUCUUCAACGUGGGCGCCUUCAUUGUUGUGUGUGUUUGUUACGUGCUGAUCUACCUGGCUGUAAAGAACCCCGAGGUCCCGAGAAGAAGCGCCGACACCAAGAUGGCGAAGCGCAUGGCUGUGCUCAUCUUCACCGAUUUCCUCUGCAUGGCUCCCAUCUCCUUCUUCGCCAUCUCUGCUGCGUUCAAGGUCCCCCUGAUCACAGUCACUAACUCCAAGAUCCUGCUCGUGCUCUUCUUCCCCAUCAACUCCUGUGCCAAUCCCUUCCUUUACGCUAUCUUCACCAAGGCUUUCAGAAAGGAUGCGUAUCAGCUCAUGAGUGCAUUGGGCUGCUGUAAAAGCAAGGCCAGUGUUUAUCGCAUGAAGGCUCACCGUGGGGAAAAUGCAAUCAACUUUGGGUCAAGUUAUAAAGGAUCAGGGACGGGAGUGCGGCUGGCUGCGAUUGAAGGGCAGAGCCGUCACCUGAAAGAGGAGCGGGAGCUCACCUGAGAUAAAACUAAAGCCAUGCAAAACUUGUUUAGACUGUUUAUGAGACUGGACAAGAGAAAGUGAGUAAAAAUGACUCACGCUGGAUUUGGAGGAAAUUGAUGACACACUAUGAGUCUAACCCUAUGAAUAUUCCUUUUGUUUUACAGGAGGCGGGAAGGAGGGGCAAAAGUGACAUUUGACCCACUUUACGUGAUAGCCAAAACAAAACUGGCCAGACAUUGUCCCGAGUGUCCUCAGUAUUGCGUAUUUUUAAAAUCUAUUAUACUCUGGACUGGUUAAGGAAUUGCACACGCCCUUUUUGGCAGUAGAAAGAGCUCAUCAAGAGCUUCAAAAAAUGAAUUUUCAUUGCCAUUUCUUUUUUUAUGCAGCCUAUGCGGUUGCACAAGGACGUGAAUCAUGAACGGUUGUACCAAAUCUUGAAUCCUGUCCUGUUUGUCCCUUACGUUGGUAGGAAUAGGAGGCUGGUCAGAGGCGGUCCGGGGGUUGUGAUGGGGGGGGGACAUCAGCCUGGCCUCCAGGUUCCCCCUGGCACUGGUUGAAUAGGACAGUUGAUUGGACUCUUGUCUGGAUUACAACAGUUUGCAUAGGGCACCCAAAAAGUCGUCUCAGCUCAUUUUCCAACCAAAAUGUCACUUCUCUCUGGUUCUCACCCAUGAUGACCGGUCAUAAAUGGAAAAAGCCAGAUACGACCUCCCCAUAAUAUCACUGUCAACACAACUACUUCAUUUCAAAGUUUGCAAGCUGACUCUGUUACUGGUUGUUGACCUACAGUAUGUUGUUCAAACAAAGGAGAUUUCUUAAACUAUACCAAUCAUUGCAAAGGACACUGGCAGGUAGCUAACAUUUGCUAGCCAGUCACGGCAACACCUGGGGUUGGAGAAUGUACGUUAGCGUUACACUUGUGUCCCCCUCUGGAACUGCUUGAGAAAAUGUCAUGUUAUUGGCCCCUCCAAAGUUGACGUCAGAUUAUGGCCCCCUGCAUGGUAUCACAUGUCAAAAUGUCUCCUGUGUAAAAGCCCUAUGGCAGAAAUCUUCAGAAGAGAGCUGUGGCUCAGUGGACCUUGAUGGACCCUCAGCUAUGAGCUCUCAAUCCCAGUUUAAUAUUUGGAUGAGCUAAAUGGACAAGAGGUCCUUAAAAUGCUCCAGCUACUGACUGGACUAGCGUGGUGAACCUGCGUGGUCGCCUUCAUCCUGCCUUCAUCUGCAAGCUGCUGUCUCAAUGAAAACACUGUCACUUCAUCUCAGACUUGGUAUUAGCUGAUGUUAAAUACAACAUUUGUUUUACUCUGAGGUUGGCUGUGAACAAGUUUGUCUGAAUUUACAGAUCAGCCACAGGUUGUGUGGAAAGCUGAGCAGUUGACCACACGGUGGAGCCGUUGGGAACACAGCGCUCUCCCAGCUGGGAACUACACCACCAGGGAUUUAGUUUUUCCCUCUAAGGCUUUUGGAGAUUGUGUUAGCUGACUCAGAAUAAAAGAGAUCACUUACUGUUGUGUGUGUGUGUGUGUGUGUGUGUGUGUGUGUGUGUGUGUAUUCUAUAUGUACAUAGUGCUUAGGCUAUGGUAACAUAAUAAAAUAAUAUCUGUAAGGUAUGAUAACGUUCUGUCUCAAAUAAAAAGAAAAGAAGAAAUAAAAACAAAACAGGAAAA